AUGGUUCGUAAAAUCAGUGGACUCCUGUGUUGCCUCUGCGUUUUCGGUAUUUCGUUUAGUGACAGCGCUAUAUCAGCUGAUUCCGAGUCAAGAUGCCGCAAUCCGCCAACAGCGCCACAGAAGAUAGAGCGGGUGAUCACUCUGUGUCAGGAUGAAAUAAAACUGUCAAUACUGAGAGAGGCGUUGGACGUGAUCAAAGAAGAGCACACGAUGCCUGCACAGAGACGGCGCGACAAGAGAGAGGUGCCCUUCACGCAUGACGAGAAGAGAAUUGCUGGGUGUCUGCUGCAGUGUGUGUACCGGAAAGUGAAAGCUGUGGACGGCUACGGUUUCCCGACCUUGGAAGGCCUAGUAGGCCUGUACUCAGACGGUGUGAAUGAGCGCGGCUACUUCAUGGCGGUCCUGGAAGCCUCGCGAGAGUGCCUCAUGAAGAACCACGACAAGUUCUCCAGGACUGUCCCUAUGGACAAUGGCCGUAACUGCGACAUCUCCUUCGACAUAUUCGAGUGUAUUUCGGACCGUAUCGGCGAAUACUGUGGAACCUCCGGCCUCUAA